AUGGCUAAUCAAACAUGGACCCUGCCACCAACCACCGAUCCCUACCAAUUCCUCAAAAUCCACCACAAUCCCGACGACACACUCACUCGAAAUCUUGAAGAUCCACACACUUCAGCUUCAUCCGAUUCCACUCUCCCAAUCUCUGUUCUAACCAAAGAUCUCACCAUCAAUAACUCAAACCAAACAUGGCUUCGAUUAUUCCUACCUAAAAAAGCAACAAUUUCAAACCAAAACAAUAAACUUCUUCCACUCAUUGUUUUCUUCCAUGGAAGUGGCUUCAUCCUACUUAGUGCAGCCUCCACCAUGUUCCAUGAUUUUUGUGUCGACAUGGCUGACACUGCGGAGGCCGUUGUCGCAUCGGUUGAUUACCGUCUAGCGCCGGAGCACCGGUUGCCGGCGGCAUACGAUGAUGCUAUGGAAGCUUUAAGUUUGAUUAGAUCCAGUGAAGAUGAAUGGUUGACUAAAUAUGUUGACUAUUCUAAAUGUUAUCUAAUGGGAAAUAGUGCUGGAGCUACAAUUGCCUAUCAUGCAGGACUACGUGUGGUUGAAAAUGUGAGAGAUCUUGAGCCGAUGAAAAUCCAAGGGUUGAUAUUGCGUCAACCGUUUUUUGGUGGGACCCAGAGGACUGAGUCAGAGCAGAGAUUAGAGAAUGAUCCUGUUUUUCCAUUGUGUGUUGGUGAUUUGAUGUGGAAAUUAGCAUUACCAAUUGGAGUUGAUCGUGAUCAUGAGUAUUCCAAUCUAACGGCUGAGAAUGGUGUUGAUGAAAAAUAUGAGAAGAUUAAGGAUCAAGGGUGGAAGGUGUUGGUGAGUAUGAACGGUGGAGAUCCGUUGGUUGAUCGUAAUAAGGAGUUGGUGAAAUUGAUGGAGGAGAAGGGUGUGGAAGUGGUGGUGGAUUAUCAAGAAGAAGGUUUUCAUGGUGUUGAAUUUUUUGAGGCAUCUAAAGCAAAGAACUUCAUCGGAUUGGUGAAGGGUUUCGUUUCCUCUUUUGCAUCUUAA